GGAGCAGGUUUGAUCAUUAUCAUAUAAUUUGUAUCAACCUAUAAGUACGAUCAAUAUACAGGGAAAUAUUACAGAAAAAUGUGGACAAAUUCGACAGUUUUCAAAUUGCUAAAAUACACUGGACUUUUUAGUGUUAUUAUCAUUCUAAUACUUGGAUACAGAGAGGCGUUCAUGCGAUCAUCUUUCUCAGGACCACAAAAGAGCAUUCUACCAAAAGAAGCAUUGGACAUCAAAAUAGAUUAUGGAAAAGGGGCUGAAAAGAAUAAGACUGACCUUUCAAACAAUGGUGAGGAAAUUAUGGAAGCAGGAUCUGAGACUACCCAAAUAAUCAGCAACAAAAACAUUAUUGUUGUAAACGCUUACUUCAGAACGGGGUCAACGUUUACAGCUUCAUUGUUUAAGACGUUCCCGGGCGUAUUCUACAUUUUUGAACCCCUUCAUGACAUAGAGUUAGGUUUUCGAGCUGCCGAGGCUGCAAAAACAGACGUAUCUUUAAAAUACGUUAAUUUUUCAAGGAAAAUGACGAUUUCAAAACGCUCCCUCGUGUAUUUGGAAGAAGUGUGCUCGUGGCUGUCGUGUCGGCUCCAAGAUUUGUCCAAGACUUCCCUUAAUGAACAGUUUCUUUCACAAUAUAAUACAAAAAUGAAACCAUUUCAAACAUGCAUGAGGUCAGCUAAGAUCAGUAUGAAUGGUUUAAACUACGGUAGCGCAAUUACGUCAUGUCUUAAAAAGCCAAUACAAGACUGUCAAAGCGCUUCCUUUGUAGUUUUAAAGUUUAUACGCAUGCGCAUUGGUGAAUUGGCAAGUCUGUUGCCAUAUUUUCCAAACAUGAAAAUCGUGCAUUUGAUAAGGGAUCCACGUGGAAUGUUUAAUUCAAGAAACCAUGUUGAUCUUAGUAACUAUCAACAAAACAGCAGUGACAAAGAUGCAGUUCAUGGAUUUUGUCGACUGUUAGAAGAAGAUCUGAGACAUUCAAAAGAAAUUUCAAUUUCUCAUCCAGACAAAAUAUUUGUUGCCCGAUAUGAGGAUAUAGCUGAACACCCUUUUGAGUGGGCGAAGCGUUUGUACAAGUUUGCUGGAAUGGAGUACACGAACAGUACGGAAGAUUUUGUACGCCGUUCGACGUCUGCUACGAAAGAUACUGGCAAAAUGCAAACUCAGCGAAAGAAUUCAACAGCGACAUCUGUGAAAUGGCGUUUGCAGUUAUCAGCACCGAACGCUAUGUAUAUUUACAACACUUGCCGUAAAAACAUGGAUAUUUUAGGAUAUCUUCCACUAACAAUUAACACUUUGAGAAACAUGUCUGUUCCGUCACGUCAUCGUACCAAUGUGACAUCUUAUCUUUUGGCAUUGAGAAAUUUUAGAUAACAUGAACGAUAAUCAAAACUGUACAAUCAUGUACAUUUUAUGAUGAAUUGGAGUAUUUAUUACAAUAAUGAUUAAAUGAACGAAGCUACAUGUUGACUGUUUGUUGUCUUGCAGUGCUGCGUUUAUUUUACGUUGAUCCUUGUGCCGUUAAUAAGGAUUUGGAUAGGUUUCUGGGGUUGUCAAGAUGAUAAAAUUGUUAAGAUUGAAGUAUAUUUCAUCGAGCAAAUAAAAUCGUUAUAUUUCACACGUGUGUAAAAAAUAAAUGAGCUUAAUCAUUUUAUUUGUUUACCAAACAUAAUACUUCCUUUUAGAAAAUUAGUUUUUCAAUAUCCACUAUAAGUGAUUCUUUACGGUACAUUUUUGUACGUUUUAUAAAUCGAAAAAUGUUGAAAAUUGUAGUAAUAACAUGAAACGUAGAUAUAAGAUUUUAGCCGUCUGAAUGUGUGUUUAUUUUUUGAUACAUUCAUGCGAUAAUUAUCAAUUUCAUCCCAUGUUUGCCUUUGUGAUAUUUAUUCGUCUAAUGGGCAAAGGCUGUUGUAGGUUACAAACUGAAUGAAAUUAAGUUUAUCUUAUUCAUAUAUUUAUAUCUUAAAAGAUCUUUGUACUUGAUAAUUGAUAUUGUUUGUUCUA